AUGAAAGGAGUGGGAGGAAGAUUUUUUGCAAAACUGAAAUCCAUUUCCACCAAUGUAAAACAAGGUCUAGUUUUACCAACAGUCAUAAGUGAUAUCAAGAAUGAAGAAAAUGGUAGAGCUCCCAUGAUCAGCUUGGAAGAGAUCAUAGAGAAGAAUGUAUCAGAUUCGGUAGAAUUUGAGGAGAAGUGUCCUCCAGGAGGAAGUGAUGCGGUCAUACUCUACACAACAAGUUUGAGAGGUAUACGUAAGACUUUUGAAGAUUGUAACACUAUCAGGUUUCUUUUAGGAAGUUUUAGGGUUUCGUAUGAUGAGAGAGAUGUUUCCAUGCAUAUGGAAUUCAGGGAGGAGCUGUGGCGGACAUUGGGCGGAAGGGUGAUCCCUCCGAGGUUGUUUAUCAAAGGAAGACAUAUUGGAGGAGUGGAAGAGGUGGUCGGACUCCAUGAGCAAGGGAAGCUUAUAUAUCUCUUAAAUGGGAUACCCAGAAGCCCUACCACUGCCCCCUGCAAAGGCUGCGGUGGGAUUCGUUUUAGGAUUUGUUUUUCAUGCAAUGGUAGCCGGAAGGUGGUGUCAGAAGAGACCGAUGAUGAUCAUAGUGAUCAUAGUGAUACUCCUUUGCCAAUUAGUUGUGUAGAGUGCAAUGAGAACGGAUUAACGAAAUGCCAAGUUUGCUUUUGA